AUGUCCGUCAACUCUCUCCCCUCUCAACCCUCCUCCUCGCUGCUCGGUCGGAAUCGCAGCUCCUUAUCCUUACUGUCUCGGUUUCGCUCCCAACUCGGUCAACGCAAUCGCAGCAUCGCCGAUUACUACAUCGAACCCGACGAUCCGUGGCGGUCGUAUUUCCCCGGCGACACCAUCACGGGCACCGUAGUCCUGACCGUCGUCCGUCCUGUUCGCAUCACACAUCUCGUUGUCAGUCUCCAUGGCUAUGUCAAAGUCUUCAAGAACACCAUGCCCUCGGGGGACGUCGCGCCCGAUAUGGGGUUCCUCGGUCCAGGCCGGGGCCGUCGGGGCGCGGAAUACUUGGGGAAUGGUUUGGCCACCCUGUUCGAGGACGAGGUCGUCCUCUGCGGCGAGGGUCGUCUCAAGGAGGGAAUCUACAAGUUCCGGUUCGAAAUGUCGUUCCCGCCGUAUGCGCUUCCCAGCAGUAUUAGUUUCGAACGAGGAACCAUCUCCUACAUGCUUACGUCCACCCUGACCAAACCGACCACAAUGAACCCGACCCUCUCCUGCCGACGACGCGUCAAUCUACUAGAAAACAUCGAUAUUGCUCCAUUUCCCGCCCCCAAAGCGCGCGUCGUGACCCUCGAACCCGUGUCGAAACGCUCCAAAUCCAAGGCGAAAGGCAAGUCCGUGUCGUCCGAUGCGGGACCGGACUCGGCCUCGCUAGGGACGUCGGUCAAUGGCGGCGACACUCGGCCCCCGCUGAGUCCCGCCCCGAGCAAUGCGUGCUACCGGGGGGACACGCUUCCGAUCGUCAUCACCAUCAACCACUGCAAGCAGGUGCGCAGUGCGCACGGUAUUAUCGUCACCUUGUAUCGUCAGGGCCGCAUCGAUCUCCAUCCGUCGAUCCCGAUUGGGCGCACAACGGAGGGCAAGAAGCCCAUUUACGAAGAUAUCUACCCCCGCUCUCGGACAGGACUGGGGGGCCUCACGAUCGGCACCAGUCGGACGAGUAGCGUCUUCCGGAAAGACCUGACGCAAACCUUUGCGCCGUUGGUGGUUGAUCCGACGAAUCUCACGGCCGUCGUCAAGACGUCGAUCCGCAUUCCCGAAGAUGCUUUCCCGACCAUCACGCGCACGCCCGGCAGUAUGAUCAACUUUCGGUAUUAUGUCGAAGUGGUGGUAGAUCUCCGCGGCAAACUUACGUCGCCCGAGCGAUUCCUGCCACGGUUCAACAUGGUUUCGUCCGGGAGCAAUUUCUCGCCCAGCGGCCAGGUGCUGAACCCACCGGAUACCAGCACGAACUCGAUCACCACCAGCUGGGCGGGCAACAUCCUAGACACCGACCAGAUCCGGCGCGAGAAAGGCGUGGUCGCCGUGGCCUUCGAGGUGGUAAUCGGGACGCGAGACUCGCAUCGGCGGGCGAACCGCGUCGAACGCACCGACUCCACGGCAGCGGGGUCUGACGUGCCGUCGUCGAUUGAAGCCCCGGUCCUGGACGGGGAGAACAACUGGCCGGCCGAGUCUGGUGUGCCGAUUAGCGCAGAUGAGGAGCAUUACGCGCCGGACGAGUACGGGUUUCCCCAAGAGCCCUAUUAUUCAGAAUACGCGGACGGCGUGCAGCAGCCCUACCAGUCGCUGGGUGACAUGGUCUCUGCGCCGCAGCUGGAGGAGCCCGCAGACGAGAAGGCCCGUCUUCGACAGGCGGAGCAGACGCUUCUCCCUAGCCAGCCGCCAGAUGAGGCUGUAGCAGGCCCGUCGGCGGAGAUGGCGGUGCCGACGGCGCCGGUGCUGCCGGAAGACGACCACCUGCAGGACUACCAGCAUGUGCCUUCGCCGACGCAGAACGGCAUUUCGCCGGCAGUGAUGUCCGCCGAGUCGGUACAGACAGUGGUACCGGGCAGCAGUGCAGCGAUGCUGGGCGAGUCGGCGACGGCGCCCGUCGACGACAAGCAGGAGCUCGAGCGGCAGCGACUGAUGAUGGAAGCCAGCGCGCCGGACGAGAUGGACGGCGGCGGACACGGCGAGUCGAGCGCCGGACCCAGUGCGCCGGUGUUCCACGACGACGACGACCACCAGCUGGUGGGAGGGACGGCACACGGCGAUGAGGCGUUACCGCGGUAUCAGCGAUAG